AUGUCCAUGUGCCUCUCGGUCGCGCUUCUCAGCGGGCGCGAAGUCCACCUUGGGCUGGCGCCCGAGACCUCGGUUGAAGAGCUGAGGCUCCGUGCGCAGGCUGCCCUGAGCACGAAGGGAAGGCUGAGGCUUUUGGAGUCUGGAGCGGAGAUCGAAGGAGAGAUGAGCCUGUCCCAGGUCGGCCUCCAAACCGGCGACCGGCUGAUGCUCUAUACGAGGCCUGCGGCCGUGGCAGCAACGCAGCACGCCUUCGCGGCCAUCCAGGGAGAUGGGUCAGUGGUGACGUGGGGCAACCCCAAAUUUGGCGGAGACUGCAGCGAAGUUCAGGACAAGCUUAGGAAUGUCCAAUGUAUUCAAGCUACUGAUGCCGCCUUUGCGGCCCUCCUUGCUGAUGGCUCUGUGGUAGCUUGGGGCCGCGAGAAGGGUGGUAUCGAUAAGGGAAGCGCAGUAGAAUGCAUCCAGUCCACAGAAACAGCUUUUGCGGCUCUCCACCGCGAUGGAUCCCUUGAUGUCUGGGGAGUCUUCAAGGGAGCCGGGGCACUGGCAAACUUCCGUGGCGUUCUCUGUGCUUUUGCCAAUGUGUCCUGCGUCCAACGUAACGGAGCCACCUUUGCAGCCCUCUUGCGGGAUGGAAGCGUUCGGACCGUGGGAGACUUCGCGAGUGGUGCAGACAUCAGCGAUGUGCAGACACAUCUCCACGGCACAGGAACUGCUUUCGCCGCCAUCCUGGAAACCGGUGCCGUGGUUGCUUGGGGGAAAGCUUGGUGCGGAGGAGACUGCCGGGAAGUGGAGGAGCAGCUGAGGGCUGCGAAGGCGAUCCAAAGCACCGGAUCCGCGUUCGCGGCGAUUCUGGCUGAUGGCCACGUGGUGACCUGGGGAUUCUCGGCGGAAGGUGGCGACAGCCGCAGCGUUUCGGAGCAGCUGAGGGAUGUCCGGAGUAUUCAGGCAACCCGCUCGGCCUUUGCUGCGAUUCGUGGAGACGGCUCGGUGGUUUCUUGGGGUGACCUUCGUUCUGGAGGUGACAGCCGCGCUGUCGCCGAGAAGCUGAGACGUGUGGAAAGGAUCCAAAGUACGGAUUCUGCCUUUGCUGCCGUAUGUCAAGAUGGAUCUGUGGUGACCUGGGGCUUUCCUGCUGCCGGCGGUGACAGCAGCGAGGUUCAGGAAAGGCUGAGAGGAGUAGAGCAGAUCCAGGCGACGCGCUUUGCCUUCGCCGCGCUGCUUUCGGAUGCUUCCGUGGUCUCCUGGGGAAGCCCACGGGAUGGUGGUGACAGCAGUGCCGUGGCCUCGCAGCUGAGGGGCGUCCACCAGAUCCAGGCCAGCAGGGUCGUGAAGCAGGGCUACGCCGUGGUGCGGAAUGUCUUCUCGGAAGCGGAGUGCGACGCGGCCGUGGACAAGAUCUGGGGCUUUGUGGAGGGCCGCUGCCCUUCGCUGAAGGCCGCGGACGAGUCCACCUGGACGGCCGAGAACUGGGGAGCCUUCGCAAGGGGCAAGUGCCUCUGCCAACUUCUAGGUGCCGGCUGGGUGCUCUGGGAGGAGCGGCUUCUCUUCCGCCGUCGCCUGGUGGAACGUGGCAUCUACGCCGACCGGCCGCACCAUGCCAGCUGGGACGGUUUCACCUUUGGCCGUCCCGUCUCGAAGCUCGGGAAGCGGUCGGAGUGGGACCACACGGACCAGGUCUUGAUUGGCGGUGAGAGCACCGGAUGCACCUGGAUCCAAGGGGUGGUCGCCCUGAAUGCUCUGGAUCCUGAGGUUGGCGCAGCCUUCGAGUGUUGGCCCGGGACGCAG